GAACUCAUGGAGGUCCCCGGAGAGUGCUGCAAGAAGUGCCAGCAGACCCACUGCAUCAUUGAGAGACCCAACCAGCAGUUCCUCAUCCUGCAGCCCGGGGACAUACAGAAGAACCCCAAUGACAAAUGCACCUUCUUCAGUUGCUUGAAAAUCAACAACCAACUCAUCUCCUCUGUCUCCAACAUCACCUGCCCUGACUUUGACCCUAGUAACUGUAUUACGGACUCUAUCACAUUCAUGUCGAACGGAUGCUGUAAGACAUGCAUCCCGCGGAACCAGACCAGGAUGCCUUGCUCCACCAUCCCCGUUACAAAGGAGAUCUCCCACAAUGGCUGCUCCAAGAACGUCACCACGAACUAUUGUUCUGGAUCUUGUGGGACUUUCGCCAUGUACUCGGCCCAGGUGCAGGCCCUGGACCACAGGUGCUCCUGCUGUAAAGAGGAGACGACCAGCCAGCUCGAGGUGGUACUAGAAUGCCCAGAUGGCCGUGAGCUGACCCACACCUACACGCACAUUGAGAGCUGUCUGUGCCAGGACAGUGUCUGUGGGCUCCCACAGGCCCAGCAAGCCCGUGUCCGUCGCUCCAGCUCCCGGCUUCUGGGAAGGAAGUGAGCCGUGCAGGCCCCUUCCUAUCUGCCACCAUCCUGCUGACCUGCUGAGCUCCCUUGCCUCCUAGCUUGGCUUCCUCUCUGCCGAU